CACGUGGUACAAACCCGGAAACGGCCGUUUAUUUACAACGCCACAGAGCAUGACCUAACCAUUGUCAUAUGUCAGUAAGAUAUAUUUAUUAGCCAUUCAAACACUUUCUCGCAAUUAAAAUGGAAAACUACGACAAACAGUCAUUGAACGCAAUGCCUGGUCCUGUUCCUGAUUUCAGGGGAAAUGAUGGGUCGUUGGUGUCAGUACUGAGGACGUUGCUGAUCUUUACUAUUAUGAUGAUUACCUUGCCAAUAGGUUUAUACUUUGCCACAAAAGCUUAUUUGUUUCAAGCCUCCAUGGGAUAUUCCAGCAAUGACAGCUAUUUCUAUGCUGCCAUAGUGGCAGUUGUGGCCGUCCAUGUGAUCUUGGGUCUCUUUGUCUACGUUGCCUGGAACGAAGGCUCCCGCCAAACCAGAGAAGGCAAGCAAGACUAGACGAGUCAAAUAUUUGUGUAACUGUGGUUCAGCAGGAGAAGAACACAGAAGACACAGGGCCUCUCAGAGGCCUGGAGCCCACAGACCACAAAUGCAUUGAACUGGUUGAUAUUAAAUGGUUGAUAUUUGCAGGGUUGUCUGUUGAGUCAUGGAGAUGUCAGUGUCUGAAGUGGCAGUAAGGGGCCAGAGAGAAGAGCAACUGCAGAAUGUGCUUGUCCAGUAUAUCCAGUUAUGGAAAUUAGGGACAGAAAUUGUUAAUAAAUCAGUCCCUAUUGCAGCCAUUAUUUGUCUUGUUGGUUAAUCAGAUACAGCCCCUUGCUUACAUAGUCAUCAGGUCAGUAGAUGAAAGGCACAACCAACAUUGUAUAAUGUAUGCUAAUGUUCACUUCAUGUAUCAUAACAUGAUCUAAGUUUCUCCAUGGUCAUGAUCCAGUCUUUAGUAAAUUACAGCAUUGUUUAUUGUGAAAAUAUUUUCCUACAAACCUCACAGCCACACACAUUUCUGCUCUUUUGUUACUUGAUUUGAUAUAUUCUGAAUUAAAACAUGUUCCCAACA